CGUCCCUAUUCAGCAGGCUGGGCAGCCGCUUAUUGCUGAUGUCUGUCCUGUUCGAAACAUCCCUCGGGGACAUUGUUAUAGACCUCGAGGUCGAGAGUUGUCCUAAAACAUGCGAGAACUUUCUUAAACUAUGCAAAAUGUAUUAUUAUAACUUGAACGCGUUCUUCAACGUCUCUAAGGAUUUUCUCGCGCAGACAGGUGAUCCUACUGCGACUGGAACGGGCGGUGAAUGUAUCUGGUCGUACAUCGACAAGUCGAGCCCCCGUUACUUCACGCCUGAACUCGUCCCAAAGCUUAAACAUACCCAUAAAGGAACCGUCUCCAUGGCCAUUGCGCCUGCAUUGGAGGAUGGAACUAAAGGAGGCUGCGGGAGCCAAUUCUUCAUCACUCUUGCGGACAACAUUGACUACCUCGACGGGAGACACGCCGUCUUCGGACAUGUAGUUGAAGGAUUCGAGACACUGGACAAGCUGAACGACGUUUUUGUGGACGACCAAGGGAGGCCAUUCAAAGAUGUGCGUAUACGCCACGUCGUCAUUCUUGACGACCCAUUCCCGGACCCACCUGGCCUUAUACAGCCACCUUCGUCUCCAACUCGCCCACCGGACAACUCCACUCGCAUUGCGGAAGAUGAAGACCCCCUCGCGACCCUUCCCGAAGAAGAGGAAGAAGAGCGGCGGCGACAAGCGGCCGCGCGCGCAUCUGCGCUGACGCUCGAGAUGGUUGGCGACCUACCGUUCGCGAAUGUUCGCCCCCCAGAGAACGUUCUUUUCGUCUGCAAGCUCAAUCCGGUGACUCGAGACGAAGAUCUGGAGUUGAUCUUCUCUCGGUUCGGUACAAUCAUGAGUUGCCAGGUAAUACGGGACAAGAAGACGGGGGACUCGCUGCAGUAUGCAUUCAUCGAGUUUGACAAGCGCGAGCAGGCCGAACAGGCUUACUUCAAGAUGCAAAAUGUUUUGGUGGACGACCGCCGGAUAUGGGUAGAUUUCUCACAAUCCGUUGCGCGGCUCAAUAAUACAUGGUCAAAUAACCCGAAAAUGGGAUCGAGGAUGGGUGGAGGAAGAGGGGAACGUGAAGAAGGCGGGCGUCGUUCAGGAUAUGGUGGUAGGGACGAUUUGGAAGAGACUAGCAGAUACCGAGGAUCGGGCGGUGGCCGAGGGCGUGGAGACGACUACGGCAUGGUGUUUGACUUGGGUGAUAGGGACGAUCGGCCGAGGAAAAGGCGAAGCCGAAGCAGGGACGGAGAGAGGGAUGGCAGAAAACGGAAGUUAUCGAGAUCGCGUUCGCCACCGCCACGGGAUCGCAACAAACGGAGCAGUCGGAGCCGCGAGCGGCAAAGGAGCAGGAGAUAGACCCGUGUUAGGAUGAAGGACGUUAUAUCGAGCCACUGUAAAAGCCCGUAAUAUGCC